AUGUCAAUUGCAGACGAGAUGGUAGUACUUCGGAAGCAACUUGCCCAACUCCAAUCCAAGCUCAAAGCUCUCGAGUUGCGAUUAGAAAAGGAAGUGUCAGCCCAAAUUGCAACGAUAAAGGAUAAUUCUAUCAUUAACGAUGUUCAUUUGACGAGUCCUCCCUAUCCUUCGGUCAAAUCAUCAACUGCAAGCACAGCCAGCGAGCUUGAGAAGAAGCGUACCACGAUAGAUAGCUUGCGCAAUCCGAUUACCUCUGUUUCACCAGUAACCGAGUUGAAAUCCUCAGCGAAGCCGACCGAAGCAACGAACUCGCCACCAACCAAGUUGAAAGCCUCAGCAAAAACGACGCUGGGCUUGUCAUUGAAGGAGAAGGCAGUUCGGACGAGUAAUUGGAACGACUUCCAGGCCUCAACCAUCUUGCUUCCACCGAUAACCAAGCCUGGAGCCCCGGUGAAUCCAAAGUCAGCAAAGACGCCUCCAAUACCGCCAAAUAACUUGGUCACAGCUCUCAAUACAAGCUCUGAGACCCCUCGGCUCUUUCAUCCCAAGCGAACCCGCAAAGCCGACUUGGCUAGCUCAAACAAAGAAGCCAACGACAGAAACUUGCAAGCUGUCAGUGAACUGCCGGUCACGAAAGAGCUCAACGCCAAUGCUCACUCUAAAUUGGAAGGGGCAGUACCAAAGAAAUCUGAGACAUUAGCUAUAACAAGAACUUCAGGAAACAAGAAAGCUGAAAUCAUUGAGCUCAAUGACCUGCGACGCGGCUGCAGUAGAUUUGCUCUCCUCAAGUACGACCCUGCUGUACUAGACCUCCUACCAACAUCAGUAAAAGAGAAACGAUUCAUCAGAACUUCAACAGUGACAGAUAUAGAAAACUUACAACAGGCUUCAGAAAUCUUAGUUAGAAGACAGGUGCUCGGUAUUUGGGAAUGGAGAGAAGGUACCUCGAAAGCUACACUUCACGAAUACAAGACACCUGAACUUGGGACUACUAUGAGCAACAGAAGAUUUAAGUUUGUUGGUUUUGCAUGGAAAGGUGCUUUAGGACAACAGCGCCCAAGAAUAGAAGAACUUCAUGAAGACAUCUCACAAGGUGCCGACACUCUCAGAUGGUAUUGGUUCAAGGAUCUCUGGUUACUUUUUUACUUUGAUUAA